ACGCCGCCGGCGAAAACAAAAAAGCUCGGCGACUGUAACAACAAAAAUGGAGACGACACAGAGGUACUACUUGGAAGAGAAAUCAAAUCGACAAUAGCAACGAGAAUGUUCGAAAACCCCUCGCUUCCUUUGAUUCCAACAACUUCCAAAAGCCCAUCUGCUCAAAUCUUCAUUUCGAGGAGUAUAACAAGGAACAAAGGAUAGUGAAAGCUGAAGAGUGGGAUUCUUUUAUGGAGUUUCUUCGUAAGCCAUUACCUGCUGCUUUCAGAGUUUAUUCCAAUGGUCAAUUUUGUGAUGAGAUUCGAUUGAAAUUAGAGAAUGAUUUCAGGCUGAGGAACAAUCAAAUUCCUGCUCAAUACUUUGGACCCGAUCUUCUGCAAGAAGAUAUGCCAGAUUUGCAACGCAAAUCCAAAUCCAAAUCCCCUGAAAACGAUUCUCUUAUUGCUAAUAUUGAGGAUCUUGAGGAUGAAGACGAUGAAAACGAUGAGCUUAAUGAUCUUGGGGAUGAUACCUUUGAUAUCAAGAACCAAGUAGAAACAACUCUGUACAUGCUAGAGUUGACUCUGACUUUAGACGGCAAUGUUACUGAGAGACAAGCUGAUGAGCUAAAAUCUUCUAUGGAGGCGUUAGAGGCUGUUAUUGCUACCGGAGAUAAUAAUAUUAUAGAGAACCAGAUUGAAGCUGCCAGUAAGAAACUGUUAGAGAUUGAAGCUGCAUCCUCUGGUUCUUCUACUCCAAGUGUGCAGAACGUUAAAGGGAUGACCACCAAGAAGAGUAGUCUGGUGAGGGAUCAAAAGGUUUACGCAGUUGAUGGAACAGAUAGAACCUUGUACUACUCUCCGAGCCUAGGUCAAUGGGGAAGAGGGAAUCGUGGGGAAGUGAUAGGAAACAGAAGGGAUUGGUGUAUGAUUGAUAAUUUGAUCUUCUUUCUUACUAGAAACGGGACUGUAAUCUGGUGUGAGCCAGAUGAGUUGGAUUGGCGUGAAACGGAAGGGAUGGUUUCAAAGGAGGUGAAAGGUUUAGGCUUUCUGAAGAAGAGUCUCUCUUGUUCUAGGCUGGUCCACUUUGGUGAGCAGAUUGUGAAUCUGUGGGAAAAAUAUAAGAUCAAGUUUGGUAGACCUCAAAAGCUGAUAGAUUUACUUCCUGGGGCUAGACUGAGCAACUCUGGUGGGAACAUUGUGCUCUUUUGGGACGUCAUUGAAGGGGAUCAUCUGGAGAUUUGGUGUGCAGAGAUCUCCUUGGAGAGACGCCAAGGAGGCUUUAAGCUCUAUAUGAGUCUCCCAUUGGUAGCUUGUGAGAUGGGGACUCAUGUAGAGCUCAUGGAUGUCUAUGUAUUUCCAGUUGUGAGGGCAUCACUGUUUUUUGGAAUGGGAUUCUCUGAAGCAGCUCUGAUUCUACAUAAGCUGAUCAUCUUUUGGGAUCAACCUGAAGCGCUUCACACAACAGGUUAUGAGAUUUUGAUGGGUUUGCUCUACGGGUUAGGAGUUUUGGUUUAUGCAACUAGGAUUCAAGAGAGAUGGAUAGCAGGACAUAGCCAUCAGUUGUUUCAUGUUCUGGUAGUUGCUGGUGCGUUCACCACACACUAUAGAGCUGGGCUUGUGUAUCUAAAGUGAAGAGACAUUGAAGGAUGUUGAAGAUGAAGGAAGAUUAGAAUGGAAUCUUGGUGAUGUUAUGAAUCUUGUUUGUAGCUUCAUAUAAAAAUUGGAUUAUGUAAAGUCUUAUCUGUAAUCAAAUGUUUGAUAUUUUCCUUUAUUUAACAAAGGAUUCGUAUUGAACAUAUGACUAGUUAGAGAAGCUGAAGAAGAAUGUAGUAACAAGUUAGGGUGUGUGAAACCAUAAAGGCUGUGUCUUGCUAGAGAAUGAAUAUGGUAGUGUUGGAUCUUUUUCAUCACAGAGGAUAUACUUUGGUUCUGAUCUUCUUGAAGGUUUCACCUGACUUUGCAGCCUCUGUUCUCUGUUUCAACAAAUAAGAAACUUCAAAUAAUUUA